GUACACAACCUAACAUUUUUUUUUUUUUUGAAGGACCUAACAUAUAUAUGUAGGUUUUGUCAUUUUUCUUAACACCUUAAAUUUUUCAUUUUUCUUUCUUAGGAAAAAAAUGGAAAAAAUGAGCAACACAGUGAGAAGUCAAAGUGUUAAGAAAUGGUUCAAGUCUUCGCAGGCUCUUCUUAGCAUGUUAUUAGUACAAAUUUUUGCAACUGGGUUGCAACUUCUAUCAAGAGUCAUUUUGGUUCAGGGCACUUAUAUUUUUGCCCUCACUGCUUAUCGUCAUAUUGUUGCUGCAAUUUGUGUUGCCCCCUUUGCAUUCUACUUUGAAAGAGGACUGGCAAAGAAUUUCAACUGGAGAGUUUGGCUGUGGCUUUUCUGUAAUGGAUUGGUGGGGAUGACCAUGGCUAUAGGACUUUUCUACUAUGGUCUUCGAGACACAUCAGCUACAUACUCUGUCAACUUUCUCAACCUGAUUCCUAUUUGCACAUUCUUGAUAUCUAUCAUAUGCAGAAUAGAGAAUAUGAAGAUUAGAACAUGGAGUGGUAAAACUAAAUGUAUUGGAGCACUAAUGUGUCUUGGUGGAGCAUUAGCUACAACUCUUUACACAGGGAAGAAAUUUUAUAUUGGUCAUCAUCAUAUUCACCAUUCUAUUGAGAUAAGUGUUGUUGCAGCACACAAAACUCACAUGCUUCGUGGAACUUUGUGUUUGGUUGGAUCUUGCUGCUCUUUCACAGCUUGGUUUAUUCUGCAAGCAAAGUUUAUGAAUCUAUUUCCAUUGAGGUAUUGGGCAACAAUGCUAUCAUGCAUUAUGGCAGCAGUUCAAUCAGCAGUAAUAGGUGUAUGCAUAAAUUCCAGCAAAGAAGUUUGGAGAUUAGAGUGGAAUCUACAGCUUAUUACUAUAAUCUACUCGGGUGCAUUGGCUACUGCUGCAACAUUUUGUUUAAUAUCAUGGGUAAUUACAAUCAAGGGACCUUCUUACCCUGCAAUGUUCAAUCCAUUGGCUCUAGUUUUUGUUGCCAUAUCAGAGACUAUCAUACUUGAUGAACCACUAAAAGUUGGAACGUUGGUGGGCAUGGUUUUGGUCAUAGUGGGAUUGUACUAUUUUUUAUUGGGCAAAAGGAACGAGAUUCCACGUUUGCUUAAAUCAAAUGUAGCAGCUGCUGCAUUAUCAACAAGCAUGGUUGAUGACCCUGUUGUGGCUCAAUCAACGGCCAUAAUAGUUCCAAGUUCUUCACCUGAUGAGAGUGUACUAGUUGAAAUUGAUAAAACUGACAAAAAGUGAUUAUGGUUAUUAUUAUUAUUAGUCAAGUUCUUGCCUUGCAAGCUAAAAUUAAAUAAGAGUUAUAUGAAGGUAUUUUUUUUUUUAUAAUCAAAA